AUGAUAAGGUCGGUAAGAAGAAUCUUACUGGCCGUAUGCAAUCAACAGUCCAUUGACGACGAGACCCUAAACACGGCGCUAAUCGAGGUGGAGCGCAUAUUAAACAAUAGGCCCUUGACACCUGUCGCGAGUGAAGCCCCGGGUCUUGCACUUACGCCGAACGAUUUAAUGCUUUUGAGACCGAAUAACGGACUGACAGUACCACGAACGCUAACGAAAUAUUACUCGAGCAGUUGGAGGCAGGCGACCUACCUAGCGGGAGUUUUCUGGAAGCGGUGGGUCCGAGAGUACUUGCCUACCCUACAGGCACGCCAGAAAUGGUUACUCAAAGAAAGAAAUUUUCGAGUUGGUGACAUAGUAUUGCUUGCAGAUGAACGACUGCGGCGGGAUGAAUGGCCCCUGGCGAUCAUCGAAGAAUGCCUUCCGGACGAGGAUGGGCUCGUACGCACGGUUAAAGUGAGAACGGCAGCCGGCGAAACCCUGCGAGAUAUCCGCCGAAUCUGCUACUUGGAGGGAGACGAGGCAGAGGCAACUGAGAACCCAAGCAGCUGA